ACUCAGGCUCAGGCUCUAGGACGAGUGAUGAGCUCUGCAGCCAGUGACCCCUGUCGGCGGCGGUAGCUUAAAUUGGCCACCAUGUCGCCACGAUCCAUCGGACUCCUCUGCAAAUAAAGCCAUCGGGGGAGUGAGUAAGUGAGUGGGUGUGAGGAGAGCUUUGAGGGGAGGGGAGCUAGCUAGCUACUGGAGGAGGGCUUCCUCCGGCGCCGGACAUGGGGGAGGUGAAGCACCUGUGCCUGGCCAAGUUCAAGGACGGCGUCGUGGUGGACGACGUGCUCAAGGGCAUGACCGACCUCGCCGCCGGGAUGGACACGGUCAAGUCUUUCGAGUGGGGCCAGGACGUGCUGAACCAGGAGAUGCUGACGCAGGGCUUCACGCACGUCUUCUCGCUCACCUUCGCCUCCGCCGCCGACCUCGCCGCCUACAUGGCCCACGACAGCCACACCGCCUUCGCCGCCACCUUCAUGGCCGCCAUCGACAAGGUGCUCGUCGUCGACUUCCCCGUCGUCGUCGCCAAGCCUCCGCCGCCGGCAUGACCCGCUGGCCGCUCUCGCAUCCGCCGGCCACUGUACGCCUCCCCUUCUCAGGUCGCGCAGCAGAUCCACGUGUGCCUGCGGCGGCGGUGCUGGUAGUAGUACUAGUACUGUCUAUUGCCUGUUAUUUAUGUUCUAUCUAUCUAUCUAUCUAUCUAUCUACGUCACGUACGUACCUACUAUUAUUGUUUGGUUAUCUUCGGAAUAAAUUUUCGGUCACUUUUAUGGUAGCGUAUAUCUAGCGGCUAGCUGCUUGCAAUACACCCUUUCCGAUGUUUAUGAUGGAUUGUCAGAUUCCUAAUCGACUUUUAGUUUU